UAAAAUAUACAAAUUUGUGAAAAUAAACAAAGCAUCACAAUAAAUAAAAAUAUUUGUAAUGUCUGCCCCAAUGGAUGAGGAUGUGAGCGCUCCGGCAAAUACAUCGACUGUCAAUGAGGAGGAUCCGUUGUCGGAAGAGCGUUUGGGUGGAGUGCGUGAAGUGGGCAGUCAGGCCGUGUGGAGUCUUUCCUCUUGCAAGCCGGGUUUUGGAGUGGAACGAUUGCGCGAUAAUAUUAUGGACACUUAUUGGCAAUCCGAUGGCCAACUGCCCCAUUUGGUCAACAUACAAUUCCACAAGCGUACAAACAUCAGCCAAAUCUAUAUUUACACCGACUACAAGUUGGACGAAAGCUAUACUCCCUCACGAAUAUCAAUUAGAUCUGGAACCAACUUUAAUGAUCUGCAGGAACUGCAAGUCAUCGAUUUAAGCGAACCCACUGGCUGGGUGCAAAUACCUAUUAAGGAUGGCAACGUCAAGUCCAUACGGACAUUCAUGCUACAAAUUGCAGUCAUAUCCAAUCAUCAAAACGGUCGCGACACUCAUAUGCGACAGAUUCGAAUUCAUGCUCCCGUCGAGGGCAAACAUUACCCAUUGGAACUUUUUGGUAAAUUCAGCACAGUUGAUUUUCAAAAAUUUGCCACCAUACGAUAAGAAAAGAAGUGCCCCCUACCAAUUAACUUUAGUUAGAAUUGCUUUCUUUAUUUUCGAUUGCAUUAAAAUGAUUAUUAACUUUUAGUAAUUGGUUGUAUGCAUA